AUGGCAAUAUACACUGAAGCCGAUAAUGUACUCAAACUUUGGGAUUCUCUCGGAUUCGCAAAUUCUGAGCAAUUAUUAAUCACACAAAUCCGCAAAAUUGUGAAACGACUGAAACGACUGCAACGCACGGAACGCAGCGUUGGUUUGCAGUCAUGUCAUGCGCUGUCUUUCAAUGUAUGCCAGAUCUGCCACAACUGCCAGACACUUCUGCCAGCGCUCACCCAUCGCUAUACUCCAACCAUACACUCCAUGAACUCCCAGUGCAAAAGAAAGUCGAGCCCUACAGAGCCGUGCACUGAGGGGUCGACUAUUCGAUAA